AUGCGUAGCCUCCAGACUGCAUUGGACUCAACCGGGGGCAUGAACACAAGUGAUCAGCUGAUCGCAACAGUGUGCUUGCUUUGUGCCUGGGAGCUCCAGUUCGGUGAUGAGCUCUCGGCAAUAGCACACAUGACAGGACUGAAGACGAUGGUGAACCUGCGUGGAGGUUUCCAUGACGCCACCUUUCCNCCCAUUGUCCGUCGCUUGGUCGGCUUCGUUACCUACGACCAGCUAUGGUAUUCUGGGAUGGAACCCGUGUAUGUGCCACAGGGAUUGAACAAGCCCUUGAUGGGCGAUAUGCGCAGCCUUGGAUUGCCGGUGGGCUUCGCGUCCUUUGUUAAACUCCACCGAGUCUGCGCAAUUGCACCUUCAACCUUGGGAUUCAUCUCGGAGAUCAACCUCAUCAUGAAGAGAACCCGGCAUCGAAAAUAUGCUCUGCUUGACGUUCAAUCGCGUCUACUCGAGUACAACUUUCUGGACAACGUAACGAGCAACUUUUCUCCAGUUCAAACUUCCAUUGACGACACGAUAUCAGUUCAAGCUGAAAUACAUAUUAAGCUUGCUCUGUUGUCACUUAUCUCUCACCGUCGGGACGACAACUCCGGACAGUAUUGGGAGAUGAGCAGCUCUCUGGUUCCUGAAGUUUUGAUCAACACUAUCUACGCCGAGGUUGGCGUAUGGGCACUGUUCUCGAUAUGCAGUACAAUGCGGAUGCCACCUCCCGUGCUGCUGGAUGGAUUGGAGAAGCUGGUCUCGAGUCUUUCCAUCACUGACUGGUCAUUCGCCGACAUGACUUUACGACAAUAUCUGUAUCCGCUGGACGGCCUUGAUGUUGCUGCGAGAAUGCUGUGGGAUCGAAUGACGCCGAACAAACCAACGAUAUUCGAGCAGAACAAUCUUUCGAGGUUUCAUGUUGCCGCAUAUAGACGCAAUGAAGAGCCAUUCGCUUGA